AUGUUACCACAGGAAGAAUCUGUCAAUAUCCUGACCAAAUUGCUCAUGGAACACGGUGUAUUCAUCUACGAGAAGAAAUUCUAUCGACAAGUCGUUGGUGGUGCAAUGGGAUCUACAUUCGCAUCUACAAACGAAAUCUGUAGUCGAUAUAUCGAUGACGUCUUUUUCACUUCGAAUGACGCAUUAGGCAAAUUUAAUAAAAUGUUAGAUACGGCUAAUAAUCUGCACCCGAACAUCAAACUGGUGCGCAACAUUGGAUGCGAUGUGUCAUUUUGGGAUGUUCAUAUCGAAAACAAGAAUGGCAUCUUGACAACAUCAGCUCAUAAUAAGGAAGCAGCUGAACCAUAUGUGGUACCGUUAACAUCUGAUCAUUCGAAACAUGUAUUCGGAAAUAUCAUUCAUACUGCUCUUUUACGAGCUGUUCAAUACUCCUCAACAUUAUCAGUAUUUGAACACGAGCAACGGUUCAUCAAAUUGAUGCUAUUGUAUCCUACUCGAUUUAUUCACGCACAAUUCAAUAAAUUCGUCAAUCAAAAUAAAACGGAUCAAAUUGUAGUCAACAUUUAUGAUAGUGAAAAAGACUUCAUCAAGAGACGGCAUGAAUUAUUGAAUAAACCAACUAUUCAAGAAAUUGCCAUACAAUCUACAAGUGAAUUCACGGUUAUAUAUCCAUCGAAAUUCUUGACAAGCUCCUCUAGUUACUUCAUUGGUCAUGGUGUCUGCGUCAAUCUUAACUAUGAAGAUCAACAAAUUCUUAAUGAGAUGCAGCGACAAAUAUUUUUCGACAGCGAUUUGAAUUAUGAACGUCUCAUGUUUCUCUCAAGCAAUUGCACAGCCAUUGAAUACAAACUAAUUGAGACGGUAUUCGAUUGGGCUAAUCAAUUAAAUCCGCCACCAGAUGUUCGUGAAAGGUUACUUUGUCAUCUACACGAAUUUAGCAUGGAUUUCACUCCUGCCGAUAUCUACAUUGAUGAUGACAAUAACAAUCGUCUUCGUCUCGACUCUCAUUCUGAUGAAGAAUCACUCGUUGACUAUCCAAAUGGUGACAUCAAUUCGAGUAUGGCAUCGGUGUUGGGAAGCGUACAGUUGUUCGUAUGGACAUUCGCGCGUGAACAGUUGCGCGCAGAGUAA